GAUCGAUAAUCGCAGGCUCUGCUAAUUUAUGUUGCUUGUUGAGCUCUCGUGUCCCGUGUAUAUGUUUGAAUUGUGUUCAGAAAUUAUGUGAAUAUUGAAUUAAGUUCAAUGUGUACUGUUUGUUAGUGAUGUGUUCUAUCUGUUAAGGUUCCAGUACUUAAUGAUUUUGCCGAGUUCAGCAAAGUUUUAGUAGAUAAAUAUUAGAUUCCAACGUACCGUCCAUUUCGAUUCAAGAUGGAAGAUGCUGAAGCAAAGUCGGGCAAGAAUUCGCCGAAAUCGGAAGAGAAAGUACUUACUUGUUAUUGCGGCAAAGAGAGAAAUCUUAAUAUUGUGGAGCUGCUAUGUGUUACUUGUAAUCAUUGGUACCACGAGUCCUGUAUAGGGUUUCAGUUGGGCCGGCUGGUGCCAUUCCUGAUGAAUUAUACCUUUGUCUGUAAAAACUGCUCCGCAACAGGACUGGAAAGCUUCCGUAAAAGUCAGGCUACGAUACCGCAAAUGUGUGUCACUGCGAUAGCCAAUUUGCAGCAGGCUUCCGUUAAGGAGGGCAAACCAAGAUUCCUUUUUAGCAAGGAUAAGGACAUCAUUCCCUACAUGGAUCACUACUGGGAAUCGAUGACGACGAUGAGCCGGCGGUCAACUCAAUCAUGGUAUGCAACGGUCCAGCGGACUCUGUUGAAGGAUAUCAACACGGUGUUCACGUACGAGGAAACCAGCGAGAACGGGCAGAUGUAUGGGCUGGUUGCGCAAGACUUGCUCCUGAUAAAGCCAAAUUAUGACGAAGCUUCGGCACAAAACGCACAAAACCUGGCGAAAGCUGGCCGACAACCGAAGCGUAAACUGCCCAACAGUGAACAGGGAGGUGGCCUGGGCAAGAAGAACCGUGCUGGGGCGGAAGUAGGGGGGCUCGUGAAACUGCCCGCCCAUGGCUAUCCCCUGGAGCAUCCUUUCAACAAAGAUGGCUACCGUUACAUACUGGCUGAACCGGAUCCACAUGCUCCCUUCCGGCAGGAAUUCGACGAGAGCGCGGAUUGGGCUGGGAAACCGAUUCCCGGCUGGCUGUACCGGGUUCUGUCACCCAAUGCGGUUCUUAUUGCGCUGCACGAUCGAGCCCCACAGCUGAAGGUUUCCGACGAUCGACUGGCGGUCACCGGUGAGAAGGGAUACUGUAUGGCUCGUGCCACACACUACGUCACACGGGGAUGCUGGUACUGGGAAGCAACGGUCGAGGAAAUGCCAGAAGGAUCCGCCUGUCGGUUGGGAUGGGGCCAGGAAUAUGCCAAUAUCCAGGCCCCAUUAGGAUAUGACAAAUUUGGCUACUCCUGGCGUUCGCGAAAGGGCACCCGUUUCCACGAAUCUCACGGCAAGCAUUACAGUGAUGGAUAUGGGGUAGGCGAUACGCUUGGUUUUAUGAUUGUCCUGCCGGAUUCGAAUCCAAUUGGGCAUGUGCCCGGAACAUUCAAGGAUAGGCCACUGGUUAAGUUCAAGAGUCAUCUUUAUUACGAGGAGAAGGAUAAGGUUACGGAAACGUUGAAGUCGCUGAAGGUGCUGCCGGGCAGUAAGAUUCUCUACUUCAAGAAUGGAGUUUGUCAGGGAGAAGCAUUCAUAGAUAUUUACGGUGGAGCAUACUAUCCUGCUAUAUCCAUUCACAAAAACGCCACAAUCAGUGUUAAUUUCGGACCAAACUUCAAGCAUCCCGAAGUGCGGGAUCAGUUUCAAUUCAAGGGGAUGUACGAACGCAUAGAGGAAAUGAUAUGUGAGCAAACCAUGGCGGACAUGAUGUAUUUCACUGAGAACGAUGGCAAGCUUCGACUGGACUCCUAUAGCAUCUAAGACUAUGUAAAUAAAACCAUCUCAUUAACUGUUUAA